AUGCAGGAACACUCACGGGUUGAUGAUAACCCGAUCAUAACAGGUGGAAUGAGGGAUUUUCAAGCAGUAUUUACUCAUUGUUCCCUGUCGGAUAUUGCCUCUCAUGGUCCGCUUUUUACUUGGUGUAAUAAGCGGGAAAAUGACUUAAUUCACAAGAAACUUGAUCGGGUGUUGGUGAAUGCAGCUUGGGAACAGUUGUAUCCGUAUGCUUAUAAUGUGUUUGCAGCUGGGGGAUGUUAUGAUCACUUGAAUUGCCGGAUCAUGGUGAAGGGAGAGGGUGACAAUCAUGGUCGCAGGCGUAAACCCUUUAAGUUUGUCAAUUUACUAACUGAAAUGGAGGAGUUUCUACCAUUAAAGCUUAAAGGGCUGAAACCGGCUCUUCGUUCUUUAGCAAAGCGUCGUCUUGGCAAUUUGGUGUUAAAGACGAGGGAGGCUUUUGAUGUGUUAUGUGAAAAACAACAGGCCAACUCGACAAACCCAUCAUCUCUUGCGAUGGAGGAGGAGAAUGCAGCUUUUAAAAGAUGGGAUUUCUUGGUUGGGUUAGAGGAGAAAUUUCUUAAGCAGAAGUCCAAGUUGCACUUGUUGAAAGUCGGUGAUAAGAACAACACGGCUUUUCAUCGAGCAGCUACGAUUCAGAAAGCACAAAAUACUAUCAAGGAGAUCCACUGCUCUGAUGGCCGCAUGGUUAAGAAAGAGGAGGAGAUAAAAACUGAGGCUGAAAGACACUUUCCCGAGUUCUUGCAGCUCAUUCCACCAGAUUUUGAGGGUUCCACGGUUGAGGAACUUGAAAGACUUUUGCCUUUUCGUUGUUCUGUCGUUGAUCAGCAAGCCUUGACCCGUGUUGUUUCAGGCGAGGAAAUUAAAAAGGUCCUGUUUUCAAUGCUAAAUGACAAGUCUCCUAGACCUGAUGGGUUCACGUCAGAGUUUUACAAGUCCACUUGGGAGUUGUUGGGUGCUGAAUUCGUUCUUGCGGUGCAAUCAUUUUUCGCCAAAGGUUUCUUGCCGAAGGGUAUUAACUCCACAAUCCUUGCGUUAAUCCCUAAGAAGGUAUCUACCAUGGAAAUGAAAGAUUAUCGUCCCAUUUCUUGUUGUAAUGUGAUCUAUAAAGUUAUUUCGAAGAUCAUUGCAAACAGACUUAAGAGAGUUCUGCCUAAAUUUGUCUCUGUAAAUCAGUCAACAUUUGUCAAGGACCGUUUGUUGAUUGAAAAUGUGCUUCUCACCACUGAACUGAUUAAGAACUAUCACAAGGAUUCCCUCUCUGGACGUUGUGCUAUCAAGAUUGAUAUUUCAAAAGCGUUUGACUCAUUUCAAUGGUCUUUCCUCUCAAAGGUCCUCUCUGCAGUGCAGUUCCCACCAACGUUCAUUCAUUGGAUAAUGUUUUGUGUUACCACAACUUCUUUCUCGGUUCAGGUAAAUGGUGAGUUGGCGGGGUUUUUUAGGAGCUCUUGGGGACUUUCUCAGGGGUGUUCCUUAUCACCGUAUUUAUUUGUAAUAUGCAUGGAUGUCCUCUCCAAGCUACUAGAUAAGGCGGCCGGCGACCGACUAUUUGGUUACCACCCCCGGUGUCAGAAUCUUGGCCUUACUCACCUUAGCUUUGCUGAUGAUCUCAUGGUGCUUUAUGAUGGUAAAGUACGGUCAAUAGAGGGUAUCGUAGAAGUUUUUACUCAGUUCUCCAAGAUGUCUGGUCUAUCAAUCAGCAUGGAAAAAUCCACACUAUAUGUGGUAGGCAAUGUACCUCCUCUUGACACUGCCGAUUCCCAUUUUCUGUUGGGUCUCUCCCGGGAAUGUAUUACGGAGAUCAACUCAUUGUGUUCGGCUUUCCUCUGGUCAGGGACUGAGCUGAACUCACGAAAGGCAAAGGUAGCGUGGGAGGAGGUCUUUAAGCCCCGAACAGAGGGUGGUCUUGGGCUGCGGUCAUUACAAGAGGCUAAUACUGUUUGCUGUUUAAAGCUGAUCUGGCGUUUGGUUUCGAAUGGUGAGUCUCUCUGGGUGCAAUGGGCACACACAAAUCUGUUAAAAGGAGCUUCUUUCUGGUCGGUCAAAAGUACUUUAACAUUGGGUUCUUGGAUAUGGACUAAGCUCUUAAAGUACAGAGAUAUGGCUAAGGGGUUUUGCAAGGUUGAAGUGGGAACUGGUGAGCACAUCUCUUUCUGGUUUGACAAUUGGUCUGAUAUGGGUAUGCUUUCGGAUGUGGUGGGGGAGAGAGGUGUUAUUGAACUAGGGAUUCCCUGGCGGAGUUCACUCGCAGAGGCAUGGGCUCAGCGUCCUCGACGUCGACACCGUGCUGAUCACCUUAAUGCAAUUGAGGAUGCCAUGAGAAUGGGUCAGCAACAAGGCCAGCAGUGA